CGCGAAUCUCGAUCGCCGUCUUCUCCGCGUCCUUGCCUAAACCCUGCGCUCAAAACCAAAACCUAAACUAAAACCUCCGCAUCUUUUUCACUUCCUUUUUCCCUCCCUUCUCCCGCAAGCCACGAGCUCGCUGCCGCGCCAAUCGCCAUGUCGCGUCUCCUCCUCCGCCACCGCAGCUUCCUCCUCCCAGGGGCGCGGAGCGACGCCAGCCACCCCUUCACGGCCGCCUCCUCCUCCUCCCGCUCCUCAUACACUUCCCGGUUCUCCCCUCUCGCCUACCACGCCUCCGCCGCGGCCACGGCCGCAGGCGCCCAAUCAGAGGGUGCGGCGGCCGAGUCCACACCCGCAGCGGGCGACCAGCCCUCAUCGACACCUCCCCCCGCGGCACGCGGGCGGUGGGGCUUGCUCAAGUUCGGCGCCUUGGCAGCAGUCGCCGGGGCCAUCGGCGGCGUCGGAUACGUCACCUACGCCUAUUCGCUGAAUGAAGUGGAGGAGAAGACGAGAGAGUUCAGGAAGAACCCAAGGCUGCUCAUCCCUGAGGAUGCCUCCACGUUCGAGAAGUAUAAAGCUAUGGUGUACUCGACGGCUAUGAAAGUUCCUGUUUCAGCUAUAGAGCUGUAUUUGGAUAUUAGGAGCACAAUUGAAGACCAUGUCAGGGGAUUUACUGAACCCACAUCAGACAAACUGCUACCAGAUCUACUUCCUCAAGAUCAGCAUGUCUUCACCCUAGUUCUUGAUCUGAAUGAAACUCUUGUCUACUCUGAUUGGCAGCGUGAGAGGGGAUGGAGAACUUUUAAGAGGCCAGGAGUUGAUGCGUUUCUGGAACAUAUGUCAAAAUUAUAUGAAGUUGUUGUGUAUUCUGAUCAGCCACCUAUGUAUGUUGAACCUGUGUUUGAGAGGCUGAACUCAAGGGGUACCAUUUCACACAGGCUAUCAAGACCUGCAACUAAGUACGUGGAUGGAAAACAUUACCGGGAUUUGUCAAAGUUGAACAGAAACCCUGCUCAAGUGAUCUAUCUCAGCGCCCAUGCUCUUGAAUCUUGCCUGCAGCAUGAAAAUUGUGUUGAAAUCAAACCUUUUAAACUUGAAGAUAAAAAUGAUACCCAACUGCUGGAUCUCAUUCCAUUUCUCGAGUAUGUUGCCAUGGCUAGACCUUCUGACAUUAGGACAGUGCUGGCAUCCUAUCAAGGUCAUGAUGUUGCUGCUAAGUUUAUUGAGCGUUCAAAGGAACACCAGCGGCGCGUGCAGGAACAGAGCAAACUUGGGCGCUUAUGGCGACGGUGAUGGAUCCUGGAAGGAUAGUGGACUUUCUGAUUUGUGAAUCCUAGACGUCAUGUUUUCGAAAGAGCGCAUGGAACCUUUUUAUUCUUGUCCGGAGUCAAAUUGUUGGCUGCUGUUCAGGGAUAUCUUAGUUUUGGCAGUUUAGGUUUGGGCCUUUUUAUAAAAUUUAGGCAUUCUAGUGAGAACAUCGGUUGGAUUGGAUGGUCAAUGCUGAGACUUUUGAGACCAUGUGACUCAAAGGUUGCUAUGAUGGAGCUGUCAAAACGUGCUUCAUGCGGAAGACUGAAAAGCGAUUGUUCAUGGGUCAUCGUAGCAUCUUCGGUCAAUAUUUUCUUGGAUUGUUUGGUUUCGCAACUACUACUCUCAGAUUUAUGGACUUGAAGGGCUUUUGUAUUUUUGUCGACAUGUAAGAGCGCAUCACAUAAUACUGGAUUUACCUGAGAAUUCAUGUGAGAUACAUCUAGUUUCUGGC